UCAGGCGAAAAGGAAAACAAGAAACGUCGACUGUUGUUUGUUAUCAGUUGGUUUGUUUUUCUAGUAGAUUAUUUAUCACUCUUUAAACGGACAUGGAGGACGACGUUCUUACAACGCUGAAAAUAUUGAUCAUCGGAGAAAGUGGUGUUGGAAAGUCAAGUCUUCUGCUGCGAUUCACAGAUGACACAUUUGAUCCAGAACUUGCAGCUACAAUUGGUGUGGAUUUUAAGGUGAAGACCCUCACGAUCGAUGGCAACAGGGCAAAACUUGCCAUUUGGGACACUGCCGGUCAGGAGCGCUUCCGCACGCUCACGCCCAGCUACUACAGAGGAGCUCAGGGAGUCAUACUGGUCUAUGAUGUCACAAGGAGAGAUACGUUUGCCAAACUAGACAACUGGCUGAAUGAGCUGGAGACGUACUGCACAAGAAAUGACCUGGUGAAGAUGCUGGUGGGGAACAAAAUCGACAAAGAAGGCCAUGAAUUGGACAGAAGUGAAGGACUCAAGUUUGCACGCAAACAUUCCAUGCUGUUUAUAGAGGCGAGCGCAAAGACACGAGACGGUGUCCAGUGUGCGUUUGAGGAGCUUGUGGAGAAGAUCCUUCAGACUCCUGGCCUGUGGGAGAGCGAGGGGAGAGGAGGCGUCCGGCUGGCUGAUGAUGAGGACGUGGCACCGGGGAGCUGUGGGGGCUACUGCUCCCUGGUCUAACACCUCCACCAACACCACCACCACACGUUCUCGCGUACAUCUACAGUAGGAAACAGACAUCUUCUGAAAGGGAAAAAAAAACAUUCACACGUGCAUAGCCACUUUUCUUGGGCAGGUACGUCUCUGUUUAUCACAGGCAUGCAAGUGCUUACGUACAGACACACUCAUAGACAUACACAGGCGUACACACACACACACACACACAGUACACUAUAGGAACAUAGAUCUCCCUCAGCCAUCAGAAAAAAUAUGUCCCAAGCUCACAUCAUUUUUAUCGCAAAGCCGCUAAAACAUUAACGCUAUCAGUAGAAAACAUACCCAUGACCUCAUGACCAACUGAAGGAGAAAACCAGAGGCUAUGUCAUCUGUCAGGACCGAAUUAUCCAUUAACUGUCUGCAUGGGAGUUUUCAUUUGCAUGCUCCCCCAAUGCUAGCCCAACUCCCUUCAUUUGUUGAAGAUACCUGAUCACGCUAUUCUUUGAGGAGAGAUCACGCAGAAUUAGUUGUUGUCAUAGAAAUGGAAGCUUUGACUACAGAAAACAAACACACUCAAUUACUACCACAAAAACAUAUCAGAUUGUCCAUUUUCAGAUUCUCCUUAGCAGGAUAAGUUUGAUUCCCUUUUCAUUUUUUUUUUUUUUUUUUUGGUCGAACUGUAUGGUAUGCUGGUGCAGAAGCAUGGCAACAGGAGACCAGUAGACCAGACCCGGCUCUGUGCUCGGCUUGGCAUGGCACGACCUGCCAUUUUUUUUUCUGCUCCACAUGCACAGCAUUUUUCUAUUUUGUUGUGGCUAUGAUGUUGAUCAUCUCUUUCAGUGUUCACACAUGCACACUGCCACAAUAGAACUUACGUGCUGAAAGAAAGUUACCAACAGAUGAAAGAUAAAAAGCCCCGCAGUAGUCUGUGUUUUGGCCGAGAGGUGCGAGUCGUCUGCGUCCCAGCUAGUCGGCCCGCGUGAGGUGGAAAAAUCUGGAAAAGUAUCGCCUGUUCAGCGGCAGAGGAUUGUGAGUCAUAAGGGUGUGUACACAAGCCAUCAGACACAAAGACGGACAGACAUAUGCAGACAGACAGACAGAAAGCGCGUAUUGCCAGCGAAAAAGAGGCAGAGGGACGCCCUUUACUCAUGUUCCUAUUUGUUCCCUUACAGUUUGUCAUCAUUUAUUACUUUUGAGCUUUUAAUUCCAUCCAAAGGGUUGUCAGUGCUAUUGUUUAAAAUUGAAAGUAACCUUUGACCCUAAGUAGCCUGGCAACGUGGGCCUGCCCCUUCAGUCUCACCGUAACACUGUGCAGGUGGUUUGUCUUGAGAGGGGGUUAUUUUUAUUUCUCUCUAUUGUCUGUAGUCUUUAUUUGGUUAUUUUUCCCCCCUCUGGUAUGUGUCUGUGUGUAUCACGAAAGCUUAAAUAUGUUUUCUUCUUGGGAAUGGGAUUGGGUGUUUUAUGUAUGACCAUGUUUUUGAUUCACCAAUAUUUAUUUGUUUUCAAAGAAGGUUCUCCAAAGAUUGACUUUUUUUACUAUAAGGACUGGAGAUAUAUGAUUGGUUGAAAUCACAGAAAGGAAGAGCAAAGAUAUUAGCCACGGGAUGUAAGUUCUUUUUUAAAAACGUGCAUCCCUUGUUUAGCUGCGAAGAAUGUAAAGCCAGUAUAGUGGCAUAGUAUGAGUAGCACCUGCUGGGCUUAUUGCAUGUUUUUUUAACAGACUGAUAUUAACUGUAUAUGACCUAUUAUUGUUUGUAACUUCAAAAAAAACCUAAACAACUAUUUACAAUAAAUGAACUCAAAAAGA